CUUCUCUGUCAGUCACAAACCCUCUUCACUUCCCUUACUCUCACUCUCUCUCUCUCUCAUGGCAUCCCCUUCUUUCAUCUUCUUCUUUCUCUUUCUAUGCGGUUUUACUUCUCAGGUUCUUACAGUUUCUACAGAUAAGACGGUCAAGACCUACAUCCUCCGAGUGGAUUCUCACACCAAGCCGUCCAUUUUCCCCACCCACUACCACUGGUACGCCUCCGAGUUCGCCGAUCCGCUCGCUAUUCUCCACGUGUACGACACCGUUUUCCAUGGCUUCUCUGCCUCUCUCACACAGGAACAAGUGUCCUCAAUAAGCCAACACCCCUCGGUGCUGGCCGUCUUUGAGGACCGCCGGCGGGAGCUCCAUACCACGCGCUCUCCUCAGUUCCUCGGCCUCCGGAACCAGCGCGGCCUAUGGUCAGAUUCCGACUAUGGCUCCGAUGUUAUCGUUGGGGUUUUCGACACUGGAAUCUGGCCGGAACGGCGCAGUUUCUCGGACAAGAAUCUCGGUCCAAUUCCGAAACGGUGGAAAGGGAUCUGUACGCCCGGAGAGAAGUUCGCGGCGAGUAAUUGCAACCGGAAGCUGAUCGGUGCGAGGUUCUUCAUCAAAGGUCAUGAGGCCUCGGGUGCGAGCUCCGGCGUGCCGCCGAUUACAAUGAUGAACGAUACGGUGGAGUACCGAUCUCCGAGAGACGCCGACGGCCAUGGAACCCACACGGCGUCCACCGCCGCCGGAAGAUACGCAUUCCAGGCCAGCAUGGGCGGUUACGCUGCGGGAAUUGCAAAAGGCGUGGCUCCGAAAGCGAGACUCGCGGUCUACAAGGUCUGCUGGAAGGACUCUGGCUGCUUCGACUCCGAUAUCCUCUCCGCCUUCGACACCGCAGUCUCUGACGGUGUCGACGUCAUCUCAAUCUCCAUCGGCGGCGGAGACGGCAUCUCUUCCCCGUACUAUCUCGAUCCGAUCGCAAUCGGAGCAUACGGCGCCGCUUCCAGAGGUGUCUUCGUCUCGUCCUCUGCUGGAAAUGAAGGCCCCAGCGCAAUGACGGUGACAAACCUCGCUCCCUGGCUUACGACGGUCGGCGCAGGCACCAUAGACCGUAGCUUCCCAGCGAUCGUCAUCCUCGGAGACGGGCGGAAGCUCUCCGGCGUCUCGCUCUAUGCUGGAGCGCCACUCAACGGCAAAAUGUACCCUCUGAUUUAUCCAGGCAAGUCCGGUGUAUUCUCUGCCUCGCUGUGCAUGGAGAAUUCCCUGGACGCCAAUCUUGUCAGGGGCAAGAUCGUAAUUUGUGAAAGAGGAAACAGCCCGAGAGUGGCCAAAGGCCUGGUGGUGAAGAAGGCCGGCGGCGUCGGAAUGAUCCUCGCGAACGGGGCUUACAACGGCGAAGGACUCGUAGGCGACGCUCAUCUACUCCCCGCUUGCGCAGUCGGCGCCGACGAGGGCAAUCUCCUCAAGAAUUACAUCUCAUCGGCCUCCAAUCCCACGGCCACAAUCUAUUUCCGCGGCACUCAACUCGGAAUCAAACCCGCACCGGUGGUUGCCUCAUUCUCGGGUCGGGGCCCUAACGGGCUCAAUCCCGAAAUUCUCAAGCCUGACCUGAUCGCGCCUGGGGUGAACAUUUUGGCCGCUUGGACCGACGCGGUCGGGCCCACCGGGUUGGAUUCGGAUGCCCGAAAGACCGAAUUCAACAUCUUAUCGGGUACUUCGAUGGCGUGUCCUCACGUGAGUGGCGCAGCGGCUUUGCUGAAGUCGGCCCACCCGGGUUGGAGCCCCGCGGCGAUCCGGUCAGCGAUGAUGACCACAGCUAGUGUCGUCGACAACCGUGCCCGGCCCAUGACGGAGGAGUCAACCGGAAAACCCGCUACGCCGUACGAUUUCGGCGCGGGACAUCUCAAUUUGGACCGUGCGAUGGACCCCGGGUUGGUGUUCGAUAUCACCAACGAUGAUUAUGUGAACUUUCUCUGCGCGGUUGGUUACGGGCCGAAGGUGAUCCAGGUGGUUACGCGAAUUCCGGCGAAUUGCCCGGCGAAGAGGCCGGCUCCGGAGAACCUGAACUACCCGUCGAUCGCGGCGUUGUUCUCGGGCGCGUCGGCAGUGGGGCCGUCGAGAAAGACUUUUGUCAGAACCGUGACGAAUGUGGGCCCGAAUAGGUCGGUGUACGUGGCGAGAGUUGAGGCUCCCAAGGGGGUGACGGUAACGGUGAAGCCUACCACGCUGGCGUUCACGGCAGGCGUGACGAAACGGAGCUUCGUGGUGACGGUGACGGCGGACACCCGUAACCUGGUGCUGGACGACUCGGGGGCUGUAUUCGGGUCGCUCUCUUGGUCCGAUGGAACCCACGUGGUUCGGAGCCCUAUUGUGGUGACCCAGUUGAACCCUCUUUGACUGUGAGCUUCGGGAUUCGAUCAUAUCGUUUUGAUCGAUGGUCGAGAACUAUUAGGUGUAGUGUAGUCGUGUAGAACUCGCUACAUGAGGUUUUAACUCUUUUUUUUUUUUUUUUUUCCCUGUGUGAUUUUACUUAUUAGUCUCUGUUUUUCCUUUUUCGUUGCUUUUAUUUUUAUUUAUUUUAUUUUUCCUUUCAGAUGUGUUAUAGACUUUCAGAUGUGUCAUCAACUUAUCUAUAUAAGGAAUACUGUUAUAAUAUAGCCUAGCAAAAUUGGGCAUAUUCUUAUUUUUUGAGAUAA